UAGAGGAUUAUAGCUUCGUAGCCGUAAGACACGAAACGCAAGACGCUCCGAGAAAAGCUCACUGGAAGUCACACUCCUUCUCAACUUCCAAAGUCUCUCUCUCUUCUCUCUCUCUCUCUCUCUCUCUCUCUCUCUCUUCAGAGGGAAGCAGCGCUGCUGGUGGUGGUGGAGACUAUUGUACGGCAGUGGGGAUUGUGCCCACCCAACAACCUGCACCAUUGAAUUGAAGCAAGGAGAUCCGACUGGCCUGCAAAUUGCAUUAGGUUUUUACUUCAAUUCGUUGAUGGUGGUGCGAUCAUCGUUUGCUCUGCCUGAAUUGUUUCGAGGAUUGCGAUAUGGAUCCGCAAGGGACGGCGAUGAUGAACGACGGAGGCGUAUACAACUUCGCCGAGAUCUGGCAAGGGUUUCAGAUGAAUCCUGCUGCGACGUCGUUUGGCAUGCCCUUGGAUCCAAUGGCGAUGGACGACAGAUCGAACAACACCUCCCCCACCCACAAUUUGAAGCGCCGCCGCGACGACGACGACGGCGCUGCCAAGGGCGGAGCUUCCACCAGCAACUGCAUUAACAAUAAUGUCGUCGGAAAUGGAAGUUGUAAUAAGGAGAUGGGAUCAAACGAGCAUCAGCAAACUAAAGCAGCAAAAGAAGUAAAUUCGGGGAAGGCUAUAGAGCAGCCGGAAAAGCCAGCUGAUCCACCAAAGCAAGACUACAUUCAUGUCCGCGCGAGACGGGGCCAAGCUACCGAUAGCCACAGCUUAGCUGAAAGAGCUCGGCGCGAAAAGAUCAGUGAGAGAAUGAAGAUUCUCCAAGAUUUGGUUCCCGGUUGUAAUAAAAUUAUUGGCAAAGCGCUAGUGCUUGACGAGAUUAUCAAUUAUAUCCAAUCGUUACAACACCAAGUUGAGUUUCUUUCAAUGAAGCUUGAAGCAGUCAAUGCAAGAACUGGCACAGAUGGAUAUCCUUCAAAAGAUUUUACUCAGCAAGCUUAUGAUGCUUCUGGAAUUGCAUUCACUUCUGAAAGUGCAAGAGAAUUUGGGAGGGGUUCGUCCCCGGAAUGGCUACAUAUGCAAAUUGGCGGUGGCUUCGAUAGAAUUCAAUGAGAAAAGUUCCCAUCAACACCCAAUAAAAGAUUGUGCUUCCUCCGGUAAAACCAAGAAUAUACAUAUUUUUCUCAAACACGUUUCUUUUUCCUCUACCAGGUAUGGAAUUGCUCCACGAUUUGCGAUAGAAGCUUACGUAAUAAAUCUGUAUCCAUUGUGGAAAGUGGAUUCAUUCCAUAGAGGUUUUGAAUUUUCUAUACCAUUACCUGAGUAAAAAAUUUGUUGAGUUGAUGAACAUGUGAAAUGCCUGCCACGAACUUCCUAUUGUUGUUUUGUCUUCUCCAUUGUUGUCUGCAACUUCUGUGUAGUUAUGAAAUAUAUCAUUCAUUGAAUAAAAGUAAAUGUUGGUGCAUA